AUUGCUGUAUUGGAUUCUUCAUUAAAUGAUUUAUAUCAUAAAAUUAUUAUGAGAUAUUGAGAUGUCUGUGAAAAACCCCGUUGAUGAAGAAGUUAAAAGGGCCUCGAUAGCCCAAAUAGUCACGACUUGUGUGAUAGGAGCCAUAAUAAGGUGCUGUCUCAGUUUUUCGAAAUACCAGUCCAUCAUCGCGAAUCAUGUGGAGAUUUCGACCCCCCUGAACUCAUGGAAGAGGGUCUCGGAAGGCCUAUAUUUAUUAUCCAACAAUAUAAACCCAUACAGUGGUGACCUGCUUCAUGAGACACCUUUUUCACUGUACAUUUACAGGAAUGUGUUGAGACUCUUCCAAGGCAGGAUUGAGUACAUGUUUGCAACAGUGGACGUUCUUACUGGAAUGAUCUUGUUUUUUUCCGCAAAGAAGUACGUUGAGGAAUCAUACAAGGAGGAGAUAGUAAAUAGACAUCAAUAUGCCAAAGAUGUAUCAUCAUAUCUUCUAAAGCCUGACAAAAUAUUUUUAUCCCCUUAUUAUGUUUUACUGGCAUAUCUGUUCAAUCCGUUCACAGUUUUGAGCUGUGUAGGCUACUCAACAACAGUGUUUCAUAAUUUCUUUCUUUCUGCUAUGUUAUUCUCAAUGGUACAUGGAAUAGCAGUAAUUUGUGGUAUAUUCCUUGCCAUAUGUGCUUCCAUAUCAUUUUAUCCAUUUGUCCUCAUUGUACCAGGGUUUUUGUACUUUAAAAAUGUGCAUAGGAGUGUAGUGAAAGCUCUUGUGAGUUUGAAAACGUUUUUAGCAGUUUCAGUGUUGAUUGUUGUGAUGUGUACAAAUUAUGGCAAAGAUUUUAGUUACUUAAGUAAUGUGUAUGGUUGCAUUCUGACUGUGCCUGAUUUGCAGCCAAAUACAGGACUGUUCUGGUAUUUUUUCACUGAAAUGUUUGAUCACUUCAGAGAACUAUUUAUUUUUGCUUUUCAAAUCAAUGCAUCAGUAUUGUAUCUAAUUCCUUUAUCUAUCAAAUUUAGAAAACAACCAUUCCUACUGACUGUUGCCAUUCUCACAAUAAUAUCAAUAUUUAAAUCAUAUCCUAGUAUUGGUGAUGUGGGCUUUAUACUAAGUUUACUGCCUUGUUUCAGGCACUUAUUCAGAUGUAGUCAACAGGGAUUUUUAGUGGGAGUAAUAAUGCUGAUUUCUACUUCUCUAGCACCUAUUUUGUGGUACUUGUGGAUAUAUUGUAAUUCUGCAAAUGCAAAUUUUUAUUUUGGUGUUACCUUAGCAUUUGCAAUUGCUCAGAUUUUCUUGCUAACUGAUAUAUUGUUUGCACAAGUGAAACGAGAAUUUGUAUUGAAGAAUGGAACUGAAAAAAAAGUUGAUGGUGAAGAGAGCCUAUUGUAUUUAGAAUAGCUUUGUUAUUAAAUUUGUCUC